UUGUAACCACUGAAAAAAUCAGUAACAUUUUUACUGAUUUAACUUAAGAGAGUAAGGACGUUCUAAAAAAUUCAAAUUUUUUUAUUAUGAGCAUUUAAAACUUGUGAUUCAAUAAAUUAAAAAAAAAUCAAAACUUACUUGCUUAGUAAAUAUUUUUCUUUAUAUAUGUUGCAAAUAAAAUUGAACUUAUUUAUCACUUAUAAACAAUAACACAAACUCAUAAUUAACCUCAAACUUCAGUUUUCAAUGUACGCUUGGAGUAAUGUUAGCAGAUAAGGUAGUUUUAAGUUUAGAAUCCAAGCUUAGAACAAAUCUUAUCAUACGCGUGGAAAAAGAGCUAACAGCAAGGUAUAUUUGAAGCAUAUUUAGGUAUGCCUUGCCAGAAAGAUCAAGACUGUGAAGAGAUAAGAAAUGCAAAAUGUUCAGAAGACAAAGAAUGUGUUUGUGAUCUAAACACUAUUAAAUUAAACCAAUCAAUGUGUGUAUCACUGAUAAAUGGACGCUGUGAAAACGAUCAAGAAUGUGCACCAGAACAUUCGAUUUGUAUGAAUAAUGAGUGCCAAUGUAAGCUGGACUACGUAUCAAUUAAUAAAAAACAAUGUGAGCAAGUGACUUUGGGAAAGCCAUGUGAAAAGAGUUUGGACUGUAGAGACGUAUGGCACGAAAUGUGCUCUGAAGACAAACGAUGUGCUUGUAAGCCGAAUAGUAUGACAUUAAACAAAUCAUCAUGUGUACCAAUUAUCGGUGGUUUUUGUUUCGAAGAUGAACAAUGUCAAGUUGAUAACUCUUACUGUCCAGCUUAUAAUUGUAAAUGUAGACCUAACUACAUAGAAAUAUCCAAAAAUCAAUGUGUAUUAGAUUAUUCGUUAAUACCCUGUCAAAACGAUGAAGACUGCGGAGAUAUAAAACAUCGAGAAUGUUCAAUACAUAAUCAAUGUGUUUGUAAGCCAAAUACAGUCUCUUUAUAUAACUCAAAAUGUGUACCAAUCAUCGGAGGAUUUUGUAGUAAUAAUGAAGAAUGUUCCGUCAAUAAUUCUAUUUGUAUUGGCAAUCGAUGUCAAUGCAAGCUUAAUUAUUAUUUCUUAUCCAACUAUUUAUGCGUUCAAAUGUAACAUCAAUUCUUUAUGUGACUACUAUGUAAUUCGCGUUACCAAAUUUUAGAGUAUUGGAAAAGAUCGAAUAAUAAAGAAUAACAAUGAAUAGUUCAUUUAUCAAGGCAUUAAUUUUUUGGAAGC